GAAAUCCGCAAUUUCACACCCACAAGCUUUCCCAUUCCAUAUAUGAUUACGACAUAAUUUCCACCUCCACCGUCCACACGUUCUAUAGGCGAUUCUCCAACCGUCCGAUCCUUUGACCAUCUCGCCGGAGUCAAUCCUUAAUCGCCGUCGUUGCUGUAUCGGGAAGAAGCAUUUCAGUUGACAUACUAGGGUGGAAGGUUAGGUGGCUUUCUUGAACAGUUUGAAAGACAUUGUUGCAAGGAAAAAUAAGUUGAGGCACCUUUUUUGUUACCCUGAGCAACAGAGCAAGGAUUUUCAUUUUGGACUAAAUUCCAAUCAAGAUCCAUUAUGAACUGCCACAGUUUUGUGAUAAAAGUAACCUUUGUCCUGGUCCAUGGGUGAUUAGUUACAGGGAGGAAAUUUAAGGAACUCUAGAGAUAUAGCUGUUCUGUUGGAUACCUGUAGGAAAAUUUUGGAAUCCAUGAAGAGUAUUGAAGACUAUGUCCCAUCAAAAGAGAAUUCUAUGAUAUCUUCAAGCAAACAUUUCAUUUUUAUUAUCAGGGAUCUAGAAAUAUAUCCUAUGUGGUGGUACUGUUGGGAAGUCUUUUGCAUCUAUUUAGGUGCACAUUUAGAACAGAACAAAGAGAUAAGAAUCAAUGAUUAUGAUCAUUGUAUUGCUAGAUAGUUGGCCCCGCCAAUGAUUAAUUAUGCUACUCUAUCCCAUUGUAGCACAUUGGGCAUUCUUUCAGGGAAUCCCCGAGUUUAAUGAAUGCAUAGGCAAGAUGUGGGUUGUAUAUUUCUGGAGUUGCUUUGUCAUCCUCUUUACUUUGGUAGUGGAUUUCUAAGGAUUUGAGGUGGAAUGCCUUUUUGCUAAGUUCCAACAAGGCAUCUCUCAAUCUUCUUGAUGCUUGAGCAUGGAAUGUGCCCUUUUUGGUGUAUUAUAUCAAACUUAGCUGUCCCAAGUGAUACUCCUCCGUUUCAGAUUCAUCCUGAAUCCUGUGAAUAUCCUGGAUGGUGUGAGCUCCUGACUGAAAGAUGUUGGUAACUUAUUGCCGCAAUGAUUAAUUGCCUGAAUGCUGGCUUAAAAUAUUGAAAGUCCUGAAAAUAAUGAGGGAAAUCUGGGUUUACUUUUUACUUGGCUAUGCUAUGAACAGCAGAAAAUUGAUAAUCAUAUUGCUUUUCAUUUAUUGAGUUGGAGGGCUUGCAGUUAAAAGUUGCUUUUAGGCCCUGGGCUAUGGGAAGAAGUGGCAAAGAGAAUUUCAAGCAGGACCUAGAUUAUAAUUCUUCUUAAUAUAUUUGUGGCAUGCUCCAGUUUUAUCAGAAGCAUCAGUUUGCCUCAGUGUUUUCACCAUUGUUCCUAAGGACUUCAGAUUGCGCCUGGAAUUGUUUCCCCAGGACUGUACAUAAAAUGCUUAUUCAUUUUAGACAAUUACUUCAUGGAAGAAUGACCAUACUUUUACAGUUUUGAGGGCCCCUUUUUGCAAGAUUUUUAAUGGGAUUUUGUGGCUCUGGUUAUCCUUCUACCAUUUGUUAUGUACAAUAGAAUACAUUUGUAUUAACAGUUCCAAAAAAUUAACACAUCUUUGUUACCUAAGAUGACUUGUUAACUAUCUUGUGCUAAAUCCAUAUUGUAUUCAUUAAGGUUUCUGAUUUACUCUAAACUUCUAACUUCUAAUGUAGAGAUGUCCUUGCUUAUUGUGUCACAGAAUGCCUUAUACUUGUAAAACACUAUUCUGUCCCUUCUAUGGAUCUAUGUUGGUAUAAGAAUUAUGGUACCUCUUUGGCUUGAUAUCUGGUCUGCUGAAGCAGUUCUCAUUGAUCUCACUGUUUUUAGUCAGAUGUGGUAACUCAUGAGAUAGUUAUUCAAGAAACUUUCGUUCAAUUAGUUUGUCUGGUCUAGGAAACUCCCUGUCAAUAAAGUAACUAUUUGUUCAUGUUUAGAUCAAUUUUCACCAUCAUUUUUUGUUUAGAAUUGGAGUUGAACAAGUUUCCCACAAUAUAAAUGCAUUAAAUUGCAAUUCAUAUUAAUUUAAAUUGUUAGGUGUGAUAUUAGCUGUUUAGUUACUUCAUAUUAAAUCUAUAAUUUUUAGAUGUUAUACAUUGCACAGAGACUUAAUGAAAGAAAAGUUAAAAGUUGGCCUGCACUUGGGGAUGGUGAAUAGCAAGGCUUUAGAUCAACAUCAGUCCCCUAACUUCCUUCCUGCAACUCUGCAUCUUGUGUUCUAAAUAUCCAGGAUUCUAGCAAGAUCUCUAUAUUUUGGAACUUAUUUUUAAUAUUAAUACCAUUGAGAAAUAUUUACAAUGGGAUUGCCAUGAAUUUCUUUCAUUUUGUUCCUACAAGUUAUAGAGAAUGAUUAUGUACAUUAUCCUCAGACUUUGAGUUGGUCAGCAACACUUGUUGGAGAUUUCUGGCUUAGAUUUUCUCCCCUUUUGUAGUCUUCUUUCAGAAUCUCGUUUACCCUUCCAUGCAGUUUCAGCCAAAUAAAAGUAAUUAGAUCAGCAGUUGACCAGGGGUAGUAGCACUGUGUUUUUCCCUUGAAAGAAGUAAUUUUUGUUUUCUUUUUCUAAUUCUUUUUUGUGCUGUAGUGAUCCAAUGGUGCUUGAGGAACAAAGCUAAAGACGCUGAUUUUUUUUUUUUUUCCAGUAUUUUAAGAUUAUAUAUGAGCUUAGGCAGUAUUUUCAAUUUUUUGUGUCCUAAGUUAGCGUCAAUGUGUGUUUUAGCCUCAUUUUAUGAAGAACUACAAGAAUGGUUCACCCGUCAGUAUUUUCUUCUCAUUCUCUUCUCUCUAUUGAGUAGGACACAUGAAGGUAUCUUUUCAAGACUCCGUGUAGCAUUAACUUUUCCUACAUCCCAUAUAUUAGUGGUUGUUCAUUUAACAUUUAGAUCUGUUGCUGGUUUGAAACAUUUACCAAUUGCAAGGGAGUUUUGGAAUUUCAAAUGGGGCAAUGUUAAUUGAUUUGCAGAUCUGCAUAAAGUCUGUUGAUGAAUUUUAUUGUUUGAAUUAUCUGCAGCUUGCCAUUUCCUUGAUUUUUGGUGUGUGAACCUUAGGUUAGAGAAGUGUAGCAACCUUUGCAUUCUCUCAGUCAAUAUUUUCUUCUAUAUGGCUCUUGGUGACAUGUAGUGGUGCUAGCCCGAUAAGUGUCUGAGUGUCUACUUGUCCAACUAGCCUUUCUAUUUAUUAUUUUGUUAUUAUUAUUAAGUUCUAUUCUAUUUUCUGCAAUCAGAUUUAUAUUUUCUAUUCACUCCUUUGUUUGAUAUAUAUCUUUCUCUUCACCUUCAGUUAUUUUGACUGCACACUAUUUAAACUAGAGGAUUCUACCAUACCAAUGGCAAAUUUCUUUUAAUUUCUCUUCAGCAUAAACCUUUUCAGUCACAUUUUUCUUAUGUUUUAUGUGCUCUUGCCUCUUAGGCAUGAAUUCCCUUAGUCAUCUUGGCAUUGGUGAAACCUCUUCUAGCCUUUUAUUUUCAAAAUUUCUUUGUUAUUGAAUGAAUAAACAUGAGUAUUGAGAUUGUAUGUUACAAAAUUACAUGCAAAAUUCACAUGUAUUAAAUGUGUUUUUUUCUUCUUCUUCUUUCCUUUUCUAUUUAUAUGUAACUUGCUGAAGGAAAUUAGGCAAUCUGACAUUGUAGGCUUCAUUUGAUACUUUUUUUUUAUGUUACUGUCAUUUCUGCUAGUUUAAGAAUCCUGUGUUGUCUUUCAAUUGCAACUUGAUUAAUUAUCUACUGUUUGUUGGGGGGUUGGUACUGAUUCUCAUCAUUGAGAGCCUGGCACCCUUACAUGUUCAUGGAAAGGAUAUCCUUUUUUUAUUCAACAGAUUAAAUUUUCGAAUCUCAUGCAUGUGUAAAUUGUAUGAUUUAUCUGAUUUGAAAGUUCUUUUGGUGUAUUCUUCAUGAAUUUGUGGAGAAUGCUCUUUCUUUCCUCUUUUAAGAACUUUUGGUGGGACCCCAUGGAGCCGAGGUUCUUUGGUUGCUAAUUGGAUAAACUUUUGUAGAAUAUCCUGUGAUUUUGUUAAUUGGAUAUGUUAUUGAAUGUGAGUUGCAGCACUAAGCUUACCUAGUUACCUGCUAGGUAGAGCUAUCAUCUAAGUCCUACUUAUGAUCUUGAAUGCUUGCCUCCUGUUUGAAUCGUCACAAGUUAUGGUGAUCUUGAAGUCUAAAUGGGUUGCUUGUUUCUAUAGUAUAUCACAAAUUUAUCUUCAAUGCCAGGAAGUCUCUAUGAAAGCCAACUAUAACCAGAAAGCUAGUGUUUAUGUAUGUAGAGCAGGUUAAGUUAAUCAGUUUGGAAAUUUGACUCUGAUUGCAGGGGGGGAGGUCCGGGAGGAUGUAGAUUUCCUUUCGUCCUAGCUGUAAGAAAAUCAUCUGCUGAUUCACUUCCAGUCAUCUAUAUUAGUUUCAUUCUGCUUAAUUUGUGUACCACUGCUUUUUCUAAUAGAGGAAAUAGUUGCUGAACUGUUGUUUCUUGUCUGUAGUUGAAAAUUUAUCUCCUACUGAUCCAAGCAGAUUGUUGGAUUUGAAUGGCAGUUUGAUCUCCAAGAUGCUUAGCCAUCAGUUAUUCAGUUUAGACAUUUACUGAAGAUCCUUAGAAAUACACACCACUGGUUCAUUUAUUUUGAUAGGUUUUUUAACUUGCUUCUUUUAGGAAGCAAUGGAGCAUAGACAACCUACAAAUUCAUUCAGUACAUUUGGAAAUGGCCAGAGUCAUAAUCAAAAUUAUAUUUCAGAGCAACCUUUUACUGCCACAGGAAGAUUUGCUGCUUUAGGUGGUGGCUCUAUUGUCCAUCCUGGACCUGGAGAUGUCCUGGCAAGCAGUGAAGACCAACACUGGAAUUCCAGAGGCAGAGUACAUCAAUAUCAUUAUUCAAGUUCUAGCAUGGAAGCAGCUCAUUUUCCCCCACAGAUUUCAGGCCCUCCUUAUGUGCCUUUUCCACAAUCAUCGGUUGCUGGCAACUUAUGUAUACCUGGGAGUAAUGUCUUGCACUCUAGGCACCAUGACAGAUUAACUGAUGAAUUUGAUGGUAAUCUUGCUGAUCAUCCACAAUGCAUCCAAAGUGGACGGUUCAAAAGGAAAAGAUCCUGCAUUUCUGGACACUGUGAGAGAGGCAGCAGUAGCAGAUUUUAUGAUGUUGGAAGCUCCUCCAGAUCUCCUGGGAUGUUGAGACCAAUUCAAGAAAAUGAGAACAUCCCUUCAAAUCACACAGGCUUUCCCCAUAGAAGUAGUAGCAUCUCUAUUAAUGCUGAUGAAUCAUGGAGGAAUGUAAGAAGUCGAUAUAGGUGUGACUCGGGACACGAUGCAGAUAGAAGCCAUAUGCCGAAUUACACUUCUAUUCAGUAUCAAUCUACAACCCAUCCAGCAAACUACUCAGGCAUCAGCAAUACCAGAAGUCUUACAGUUGGUUCGAGCACUGGAGAUUUGAAUUCAGUUGCAUAUGGAAGGAAUUCUCAUCCAGAUUCUGGUGGCUCAACUCAUGAGACAAAUCCAUCAUAUUUUGGAGGAGGUGCUGCUGACAUUAGUGCACACCAUGUUGGUGGCUUUUCAAGUGGAAAUUUUAAUUCAUCUUCACAUUAUGUUCCGGGGUUUGCUCAGGAUGCAAGGGAAAGCCACACUAGUUACUCUGGAAGAAUAUUACCCCCGAAUGGUAAUAAUUUGAGCCACCCACAGCUAGGCUAUGCUGCAGCUUCCACUGAAAAUGGCAUGCAUUCUUCUGCUGAAAUGUUUUCCUUCAGACAUAUGAGGGCACUUGCUGUUGAAGGGCGGCGCAAUCGCCCUCAGCAUGGAAGAUUUGGUGUUACUGAUGAGAGAUUCCGUUCACUUUCUAGUCUGGCGGAUGCUCAUGAUAGAAUGAGACCUGAGCCAUACAUGUUUGAACAACAAUCCUUUUCUGAUGGUCCCCGAAGUUUGUUUGAUGAGUAUGUAGGCAUGAGGCUAGAUGUCGACAGCAUGAGUUAUGAGGAACUGCUUGCCCUAGGAGAAAGAAUAGGGAGUGUGAAUACAGGCUUAUCUGAAGAUAUGAUUUCCAAGUGCAUCACAGCAAAAGCCUUUGGUUCAUCUAACGGCGAGGACAAAAGAUGUGCCAUUUGCCUUGAGGUUUACGAGAAGAAGGAUGAAAUUGGGAGUCUGAUGAAGUGUGGACAUGAUUACCAUGUGAGUUGCAUCAGCAAGUGGUUGUCAAUGAAAAAUGCGUGCCCAAUUUGUAAAUCUGCUGCUCUUAUUAUGGAUGACAACAACAAUUAGUGUUGUUCUUUAAGGAUUUGAUUUAUUCUCAUCUAUCAUGUAAAUAUUACAGUCUCCUAAUUUUAUGUAAAUGGAUAUUUUUACUGUGCACAAUGCACAUUACAAUCUAAAAUCUGGGAUUAUGCACUCUAAAUAUGAUGCAUCUUUGAACA